AUGAGAAGCGCUGCCAGAGAAAGUCUUCACGAGUACCAGGUUAUCGGCCGCAGACUUCCUUCGGAGCAGGAGCCCACUCCUAAGCUCUUCCGCAUGCGCAUCUUCGCCCCCAACGUGGUUGUUGCCAAGUCUCGCUACUGGUACUUCCUGUCCAAGCUUCACAAGGCCAAGCGGGCUAACGGUGAGAUCGUCUCGGUCAACGAGAUCUUCGAGUCCAAGCCCCUUGUUGUGAAGAACUACGGUAUCUGGCUCCGUUAUGACUCGCGCUCCGGCACCCACAACAUGUACAAGGAGUACCGCGAGACCAGCCGCUCGGCCGCCGUCGAGUCGUGCUACCAGGAUAUGGCUGCCCGCCACCGUGCUCGUUUCAGCUCGGUCCAGAUCAUCCGCGUUGCCACCGUCAAGGCCUCGGAGGUCCGCCGCCCCUACAUCCAGCAGCUCAUCCAGCCCAACCUCAAGUUCCCCCUGCCCCACCGCGUCCAGCGCCCCGGAAACAAGGCCGACCGCGCCCUUAUCAUUGCCCAGCGUCCCUCGACCUUCUACUAA